GUUGUUUUGCUGUCUUUAGGGUCUUUUCUAUUUUUAUUCAUUCUAUUUCUCUUUAAAGCUGUUUUUUUAUUCAUUCUGUCUCUGUAGUUGUUUUCCAUCUAUCUUUCCUCAUUUUGAUCAUUUGAUUGACUUUCCAACAGAAAGGUGAACAGUUCUCAGGUCCAGGGAUCCCCGGACUCCUUGGGCUCAUGGCCCUAUGCCUGGUCGGCCCGUUCAUACACACCGUUUUUGAAACUGACACACGUGAAUGAAUGGCACACUAGAUCACUAACAGGCCUUGGGGGUGGUAGAAAUAGCUAACCGGAUUGUAUGCCUUAGUUAAAAAUGCCACUAGAAGCAUAGAAAGAAUAGAGCAGCCUUGUCCCUCUAAUGGCUCUAGCUAACUCAGCCGCUAGCUAGGGGAGGCAGAGACUACUGGGAGGCAUGUCCUUUAGUUCUAUUGAAUCAGCUUCAUAUGUGCAUGUAGUCCGGGUCAGGAGGAACGCAUGUGCUUCUUUGCUGAUUAGAAAGGAAACACAGACAACAGAGAUUGCUACGGUCUGGACCCAGGCGUUGGUAUUCUGGAAGUGAAAGUAGCUGGUGACACAACAAGCAGAAAGCGACUACUAAAGACAAGAGUGGACAUGAAACAGCUGGUUCAGUUUAACUUUCUCAACAAAGGUAAGUUGAAUUUACCUAAAACAGUUUUGAUGAAAACUUCUGUUAUCCACAAAGCUGAAUCAGUGCCUUCAAGUAACAUGCUACUGUUAAACAGAGGAAGGAGACCUUUGACUCAAGUUAAUGAUUUAGGAUCAUUUCUAAAUCUGUCAAGGACAAGAUUUAGUCAAAAUUUAAAUCAAACUGCCAGUACAGCAAAAGUAAGUAUGCCAAGUCUGGGGGACAGCUGACAACUGAAAACGAUAACGCCAGUAUUAAUGGGGAACCAGUUGAGCAUGUCACUGUGUUAUGACAAGAGGGAGGGGAUAGCGAGCAAACACAUAAAGUGCUACACUGCACACACCCACUCACCAUCUCUGUACAAGGCUGUUCUCUGCCUCAAGCCCAUGGAUUGCUCCAUGUGGACAUUUCUCUCAUGUAAAGAGGUGUGUUUGGCUUCAUAGGCAUGCACAAUGUAAACUAUUGGAUCAAUGGAUAAAAGCAUCAAUGGAACAAGUGUUUUUCAACAGCAUUCAGCUGCCAGUUUAUUAGGUUCCCCUAGUUAAAAAGAAUGCAGUCUAAUAAUAGCCCUCCCUUAAACCAUAUCUUCAUGAAGAAUAAAACAGAGGAUAAACAUGAACUAAAAUGAAGAAAAAUAUGAAGUAUAAAUAAUAUAGUGCCAUUACAGUGCACUGAGAUAUGAAUAAAGAUAGCAGGCAGUGGUAAACAUAAAAACUUUUGGCCCUGAGGGACAGUAAGAUACCCGCCCUGAGACAUUUGCAUUAUUCGCAUCAUUUCACCAGAGAAUAAAGAGUCUCACUUUCUUGGUCUACUAUUAGUGCUGAAAAGUGCACCAGUGCUCUGAAUAAGCCCCUGUUGUCUGACCGUCUAUAGAGACCUGUAAAGACAGCGUUACAGCCGUCAAACCUACUAUAGAAGUAAAACAGCAAUGACAAUCAAUUAGUUGUUUGACAGAAAAUAAAUCAGUAACAAUUUCUCAAGCAGAAAUGCAAAAUACUGUCUGGUUGCAGCUUUGUGAGGAUUUUCUCUUUUUCUUUGUUAUAUAUAUAUGAUAGUCAACUUAAUAUCUUUGAGUUUUGGUCUGGUGGUCAAACAAAACAGCAUAACCUACUGUAUAGAAAUUAGAUAAAAGCAUGAGCAAAGUUUUCAAAUCUUGCUUAGACAUCAAAUCCUUUAAUUACUGUGAUAUUUUUAAACAGGUAAUUGUCAUUUUCUUGGCACAGAUGUCAAAAUUUAGGUCUGAGUACGACUAUGAUUUCUAGUUUUGUUUAUGGUUGGUAACACUAGGCAUUUAAGAUGCAAACUGACUAAACAAAAAGUGUACACUGCAAACUUCAGGAUUUAUCACAGGGCUGUUGAGUUUAGAUAUGUCUACCCAAUAAACUGGCAGUAAGUCUAUAUAUUUACUACAAACUGUUAAGUUCCAGUGACCUGUAAAAACAGCAUGUUGUUACUGUGGUCAAACGUCACAUUGUGUAUUAUCUCAUCUAUCCCCCACAUGUAAUCAAGCAAAGCUUGUGCUGCUAAUUAGACAUUCUUAGCACACCUGGUCUACAUAUAAACACAGGCCUGCGCCAGGGGAAUAAGCUACGUAUCUCUUCCCGAAGGCAGGUAUAACUGGGUCUGAAGAAGAUAUAACAUCAGCUGGAUCAGAUUAGACGGCACUGCAAUAGGUCCAACUAGACUCCUUACUUCCUUGUUCUAAAGAGGCCACGGCUAUGCUGACAUUUCCUCUGAAUCCAAAGACAUCAUCAUGCUGAAGACGGAGGCCUCUGGGGAGAGGACCAGCCUCCGGAGUGCGUCCCCCCACCGCAACGCCUACCGGGCUGAGUUUCAGGCACUAAAGAGGGCCUUUGAUCAGCCUCGGCUUGAUGGAGAGACAAAGCCCAAAGACUUUGAACGGAUAAAACAACCAAGGGGCCGCCAGUAUGGCACUCAUGUCAGCCGCAUUAAGGACAUGUUUAUGCAGAUGGGUUCAGAAAAUGCAGCAGCUAAGGCCAGGGGACGGGAUGAUACCUCACCCCAAAAACUAGUCAAGCCCACCAACUUCAUCAACAAGGCUGAUGGGUCAGUGAUAAAACUCCAGCAUUCCUCAUCAGCUGAAAGGGUUGGAGGUGCUGGAGCAAAGUUCUCUGAAACUAGGAAGCUGUUUGAGCAGCAGUCACGUGACCAGUCCCAGUCACCAGUUUUUCCCUAUGGACGUGAUAAAAGGGGUUCCCAUGAGCACCUUGAUGACUGGCGAGGGGCAAGAUCCAAUCGAGGUAGUACAGACUCCUUGGAUUCACUUUGCUCCAGAACAGAGGCACCUUCACCAACUGUUAGUCAACUCAGUGCUGUUUUUGAAAAUGCAGACCACCACAACCAGGGCAUUUCAUAUAGAGGAGUCACCAGACGAGCCCUCUAUUCACCAGAUGGAUUCCAUCGCCAUGGAGGGGAUGUCAGUGAGGAUGAUUCACGACAAUCUCCAGUUUGUGGAAUCUACCAGAACAGGAUAGGGGGAAAGUUUCCCACAUCUCUAUCCUCCGAGGACCUUGUGAACCCCAGUGCUGGGGCAGAGGCUUCAGAGUUCAGAUCACUUCCACAAGAGGAGGCUGCCCAAGAUAAAGCAGACAAGACUAUGGACAGAGACAGACGGUGCCUUUUUGGGGCCUCCACCAAUGGAAGCCAGGUCAAUGGUUCUUGUGAAGAAGAGGAGAAACCUUCAGAAAGAAAAAAACAGAUUGAGGAUGUAGAGGUGUCCAGAGGAUCAAAACCAACAGAUGAUGCCAUGAUUUCCAAUAAAGCUCUUGAAGAUGCCCCUUCAGAACCCUUACUGACCCCAAUUACACCUGCUGGGGAAAUCCAGGAGGAUGGAGAAGGUUCAGGAGAAGACAAAUCAUCUGAAUCACCUAAGGACCAGGUAGAAGAACCUGAAGAGGAAUACACUGGAAAUGAGCGGGUUAUUUUUAAUGCAGAUGGGGAUGCCUGUUACCAGGGUUGGGGGGAAAGCUGCACAGAUGCCGAAGAUGAUCUGUAUGGUGAUGAUGAGGAUAUUGUCUACGAUCCGGGCUCUGAUCUGACAGAGAUUCCUGGUUUGCCAGAAGAAAACAAAGAGGACAUCCCUUCAAAUAGGAAGAUUCGCUUCAGCAAUGCUCCCAUUACAGUGUUCAAUACAUACUCCAAUGAGGAUUAUGACCGACGUAAUGAGGAGGUGGAUCCUGUGGCCUCCUCCGCAGAAUACGAGCUGGAGAAGAGGGUGGAGAAACUGGAGCUCUUCCCUGUGGAGCUAGAGAAAGAUGAAGACGGCCUGGGGAUCAGUAUCAUCGGGAUGGGUGUUGGUGCUGACGCAGGCCUGGAGAAACUGGGCAUCUUUGUAAAGACUGUUAUUGAGGGUGGAGCUGCUGAAAGAGACGGCAGAAUCAAGGUGAAUGACCAGAUUGUGGAGGUGGAUGGGACCAGUCUGGUGGGUGUCACCCAGAGUUUUGCUGCCUCUGUUCUCAGGAACACAUCAGGAGUGGUUCGGUUUGUAAUUGGUCGAGAACGUCCAGGCCAGCAGAGUGAGGUUGCCACUCUGAUCCAGCAGACCCUGGAGCAGGAGAGGAGACAGAGAGAGCUGCUGGAGCAGCAGUAUGCCCACUAUGAUGCUGAUGAUGAUGAGCAAACUGGAGAGUACGCCACCGAUGACGAGGAGACGGGGCCAACCGAGGCAGGUGGGGAGAAGAGCAUUGAGGUAUUUGACUUGCCAGAGACCGAGGACAUCUUGUCUCCCUCUGAGUUAGAUGCCACCAAACUCUACCAGAAGUUCAGAGAGCUCCAGAUCAAACACACCGUGACCGAGGCCGAGAUCCAGAAGCUUAAAAAUAAGUUAGCAUCCGUGGAGAGGGAGAAGCAGCACUGGGAGAAGGAGAAGAGCCAGCUGAAGGCCAGCAUCGAGGAGAACAAGGAGAGGAUGCUGAAACUGGAGAGUUAUUGGAUUGAGGCACAAACCCUCUGCCACACUGUCAAUGAGCACUUGAAAGAAGCCCAGGCUCAGUACCAGGCUCUGGAAAAGAAGUACAACAAAGCCAAGAAACUCAUCAAGGACUUCCAACAGAAAGAGGUAGAGUUCAUCCAGAAGGAGGAUGCAGAGAGGAGACGGCUGGAGGAGGCAGAGAAAGCUCACUUGGCUGAGAUCCAGGGACUGCAAGUCAGGAUUGCAGCAUUAGAGUCUGAGCUAAUGCAGCUGAUGAAACAGAAUGGCAUCCAGGUCAACAACAACAACAGCAACAGUGCUGAGCGGCUCAGUGCUCGGCAGCACAGUCCAAACAGGGCUGCAGCUUCAGCACAAGCCAGAGACCUGAUGGGGGCCUCUUCCUCUUCACCCAGUAAAAAGAAGGGCUACAGAGGAGUGGCCCGAGACAGCAUCAGCUCUACAGAGGGAGAGGUCUCAGAGGAACAAGGCAGUCCAGCCCACAGUCGCUUCGAUUUGAGUCAUAGUAUGGCCCCUGGCAGUGCAGAGGGCUCCCACAGAAAAUCACUGCAACUGCUGUCCACCACAGGAACUCUUCAGGAUGGUUCUCAGUCUCCUGUGAUGCUGGGCCCUUCUCGCAGUCUGGAGGAGCACAUACAAGCUCUGGACCCUGGAUCCUCCCUCAGGAAAACCCAAGUGAAGGAUAAAGAUCCCAGAGCCUCACCUGUAAAUGGCUCCACAGAGCCUUCAGCAGAGGACAGUCCAGACAAACUCAGGACCAAGGGAGCCACUCUGAAUGAUGAUCUGAGUGCCAGCAGCAGCAGCUCAGUGGAGAUCAGCGGUUUGCUGAGUGAGGCCACGAUGUCGGGACGCUCACACACCCUGAUGCUCUCCUCAGAUGAGAGUCUGGAUAUGAUAGACGAUGAGAUCCUAGACGAGGGACGGUUUUUGAAGCCGUAUCAAUGGCAGAACCGCAGCAUUACAGAGUGGACCUCCCAGCAAGUGGCACACUGGCUCAUGGGCCUCAACUUAGAGCACCAUGUCCUAGAAUUCACUGCCAAAAACAUAGAUGGAGAACAGCUGCUACAGCUAGAUAGCACUGAGCUCAAGGCCCUUGGAGUCACUUCUUCACAGGAACGUGCCCUUAUCAAGAAAAAGAUCAAAGACCUUAAAGUUCUGAUGGAGAAGGCCAAAAGGAACCGCGAGAAGGUGGCGAAACGGCGUGAGAAGCUACGAAAGAAAGAGCUGGAGUAGCAGCAGAAAGAGAUGUGCAAAGAAAGCCCUGCAGAGUAAAGUCAACUAUUAGAUCACCUCCUGCUUUACUGUAGCAUGACAGCAAGUAGCAUUGUGAGGAACAGAACAUCAGUAGGCCCCACAAACGAAGGUCGAGGGGUGUCUACUCAGUACUUCGAUAGUUCUCAGCUCCAACCCCAAAUGUCAAGAGAUUGUUGAGUGACUAUUUCAAAAAGCAAAUUGAACCAAAAUGGAGCAAUUUGAUGAUAAGAUUUGCUUCACCGUAACACCUGUCCUGUGUUUUUAGACAUUUCAGUUCUGUUUAUUUUUACUGUUUGUAGUAUGUAAAUUGAAUUUAUUUAUUUCCAGAGUAUGUGAAAAGGUAUUCUCAUCCCACAUCAUCCUCAGAUCUGUUUGUGUUACCUAUCACAUCACCGUUGGACACAAUGACCAUGUACAUAUACAGUGAUAUGUGCAGAUCCUAAUAUGUUUGUUGUGCCAUUUUGAUAGACUUAUGUAAAUCCCGUUCAGACAUAUAGAGCAGUGGGAUUUCUCCAUCACUUUGAAGCACAUACAGGCCAGGCCUGUGUGGUGGAAUGUACUGUAGGAGGCAGUAUUCAUCUCCCACCACUGGGUGUCCUCAUGCUGCUGACUUUGACUACUGAAGAAGGCAACAGUGGAACCUUACAAAAGGAACUGAACCGGGAAGUUUCACUACGAGAAACAAACUCUUUGUUUUCAAGAACACUGUAAAUGUAAUCUCUGUGCUGGCUCAUCCAGUGCUCUUCACAUCUAAAACACUGAAACAGACCAACAACAAGACCCUACUGUACUAAGUGGACUGGUUCUAAAGGAGACUUCAGGUACAAUGUAAUCAUUGAAUUUAUAACUCACCAAACCUGUACCAUAAAAACAAAAACAAAUGAUAAAAUGAAACUUCUUGCUUAUGUACAUAAUGUUGCUUGUAACCUGCUUUUGACCUCUUUUUAUAUUAUCUUAAUAACAAAAUAAUACCCUGCUGCUGACUUUAGAAAAUCUAGAGUAGUAGAAUUUUUUUUUUAACGCUGCCUGCUUCUGUGCGUGUGUUGAAACACAUACAGUAGACUAAACUGAGUCAUCCAUUUCUAAUGCUGUCAUAUAGAUGGGUCACCUAUGUGAUCAAGAACAGGUGCAGGGGGUGCAGAAAUAGUCUUAACAUCACCUAAUACUACUGAUGGUAGACUGGAAAUUGCACCGGUUAGAUGCAAUAUAGUUUUCACUUUCUUAUGAAACUGGUUCAGUUAGACUAAAAAAAAAAAGUUAUUUGCUUAUUAGAUAAAAAUAUACCUUUUAUGUUAAAUUUUCUGUUUGUACUUUAUGCAGUUCUUGCUUUAGGAAUAUGAAGCUCAUUGUGACAUGUUGUUCCCUGUGUUUUUUUCUUUAAUCAUUCCUGGGAAUCAUUCCAUAGGUUUACAGUAAAACUAGAGACACCAGAGUCACCGUGAUAAAAACGAAGGCAGCUUGUGUUAUGACUUCCUUUUGUCUUAAGGGCCCUGCCUGGUGUACAGGCUAAGAACAGGAAUAGUUGGGGUUACAAAUACCUCCAUGCAAUGCCACAGUAACACAGGUUUCACCGUUCUGUGAAUGUUAUUUAUUUAUUUCUGUAUUUAAUGAAGCAAAUAACUAUUGUUUUUGAUAACUUACAAAAAAUAGAGUAUUAUUAAUGCCUAAUAAUUUAUCCAGCAUAAUUGUAUAAUUAACUUCUUUUGCCAAAACAUAAUUAAAACUGCUCAUUAAAAGUGACUGACAUUAUGGUCAUUAAAUCAAGUGAGAAGGAUUAAAAGUUUGUUGAAUGAAAGCAAGAACAGCUUACAAUACUCUCUCAUUGUGCUUGUUUUCCUUUGAUACAACCAUAGUACUGCACCAGUGCUACUCCAAUAAACUGCUCAUGAUGUAUUAUGAAAUAUUUUGUCUUCACUUUAACCCUUAUGUGAAAUCCCCACCUUGUCUGCCAGGCAGCAGGCUGCACUCUUCUGGUUCUUUUCUAUGUAUAGUAAAAAAAAAAGAGCAAUAUACUGUAAAGAAACCUUGUUUUUUUUUGUUUUAAUUGUGUCAUUGUGUAUGUGCAGUUUGUUGGGGAACUGAAGAGGGUCAAAGGUCAAACCUUAGCUGAAAAUCUGAUCUUUUCUUUGUGCUUGACUGACAUGAUGAAAGCAGUAUAUGGAUGAGACCCUGGUGCAGGCAAAAAUACAAAUACAUCUGGAAGGGUUGUACUGUAUGUGGAGAACAAAAAAUGACAACCACAAACUGCUAGCCAUGCUUUCACUUUACAAAAAGUUGUUUAUCCUUCUCCUCCUCCUUUUUUUGUCAUUACUUUGCUCUCAUGUUUUUUGCAUUCUGAAAAGCUUGAGAGGGCAGCUACCUGUCACACUGAAUAAAAUGUGC